AUGUCGGCUUGGGACUUGUCCAGGCUCAUUCGCGAUCGAGAGGUUUCACCGGUUGACGUUGUGGAGGCGUGUCUGGCAAGGAUCGAAGAGACCGAGCCGACCCUCAAUUCAUUCAUCACACUGAUGCCCGAACAGGCGCGGGACGCGGCGCGACGCGCGGAAGCCGAGAUCGGGAGAGGCAACUACCGCGGACCGCUGCACGGCAUCCCGGUGGGGUUGAAGGAUCUGUUCAACACGGCGGGGGUGAAGACCACGUCAGGGACUCGGAUCUACGACAACUACGUGCCGGACGAAGACUGCACGGUUGCAGCCAGGUUCAGCCAGGCCGGCGCGAUACUGCUGGGCAAGUUGAACAUGCACCCGUUGGCGUUUGGUCCGACGGGCGAGAACGGCGAUUACGGCCACAUGCACAACCCGUGGAACCCGGAGCGAAUUACCGGCGGUUCCAGCGGCGGGAGUGGAUCGGCAACGGCGGCCGGACAGUGCACGAUCACCAUGGGGAGCGACACCGGCGGAAGCGUGCGUAUUCCGGCGGCGCUGUGCGGCAUAGUCGGCCUGAAGCCGACCUACGGGCGAGUGAGCCGUGCCGGUUUGACGCCGUUAUCCUGGUGCCUGGACCAUCCCGGACCAAUGGUGCGAACCGUGGAAGAUGCCGCGCUGACCAUGAAUGUCAUCGCCGGACACGAUCCUCUGGACCAUGCAACGUCGGAAGCUCCGGUUCCCGACUAUACGACGGCGCUGACCGGAGACAUCCGCGGACUGCGGAUCGGCGUGAUACGGGAGUAUUUCGAAACGGAGAUCGACCCCGCCGUGGCGGCGCUGACGCACCGGGCCAUAGCCGUAUUGGGGGAACUCGGGGCAGAGAUCGUGGAAGUUUCACUGCCGCUCUACGAGUACGCCCAGCCAAUCAGCAACGCCAUCCUCAGCGCCGAGGCGACCGCCGCGCAUCGGGAUAUCCUGUUGAGCGACGGCGAGAAGCUGUACCCACAAGUGCGUGAACGGCUCGAAGAGGGGCUGUUCAUUUCUGCAGCGGAAUACCUGAGGGCCCAACAGGCCAGGCAAGUCUUCUGCAAUCAGGUGGCUGACCUGCUACGCGACGUUGACCUCCUGGCGGGCCCGGUGGAACCGGUGACGGCGCCGAAGAUACUGGAGCGGCGUAUCGAAAUCGAGGGGCAGUCGCUGCCGGCGGUGCCGAUGCUGACGAAGUACACCCGGGUAUACAACAUCACCGGGUCCCCGGCUAUUUCGGUCCCCUGCGGAUUUGCGCCGGAUGGACUGCCCGCGGGCCUGCACCUGGCGGGCCGGAACUUUGACGAAAUGACCGUGCUGCGGGCAGCGUACGCUUACCAGCAGGCGACGGGUUGGCACGCUCAGCGGCCCGCGUUGUAG